GUGUCCUCCACACUUACACUACUCAUCUCCUUCUUUUUUAAGACUUGUUUUCAUUCCUUCAAUGGCAAGCAACAAUCAACCAUCUCUCUCCAACACCAAAUUCCCUCUGGCCAUGAAUGAGGUGGAGCAACAAGCAACCCUAAGCCUUGAAUCCAAUAAGGAAGACGACUUUGACUACUCCAAAAGAGCGCAAUGGCUACGAGCAGCUGUUCUUGGGGCAAACGACGGUUUAGUCUCCACUGCCUCGUUGAUGAUGGGUGUUGGCGCCGUGAAACAAGAUAUCAAGUCUAUGAUAUUAACUGGGUUUGCCGGAUUAGUAGCCGGAGCUUGUAGCAUGGCCAUAGGCGAGUUUGUGUCGGUUUACUCGCAGUUGGAUAUAGAGUUAGCUCAAAUGAAGAGAAAAAGGGAAAAAGAAGGAGAAGAUAGAAAUGGACAAGAAGACGAAGAAGAGGAGAAAGAAAAAUUGCCUAAUCCAUUGCAAGCAGCUGCAGCUUCUGCUCUUGCAUUUUCAGUUGGUGCAAUGGUGCCUUUAUUAGCUGCCUCUUUUAUAAGAAAUUAUAAGGUGAGAUUAGGGGCAGUUGUUGGGACAGUGGGUUUAGCUUUGGUGGUUUUUGGGUGGUUAGGGGCAGUUUUAGGGAAAGCACCUGUGGUUAGGUCUUCAGUUAGGGUUUUGGUUGGAGGCUUAAUAGCUAUGGCUAUAACCUUUGGACUGACCAAGUUGAUUGGGUCAAGUGCCCUGUGACUUGUUUUUAAUUUCUUGGUAAAGAACUAAAAGCUUGUUAAGGUCCGGUUAAUGUGGAGCAAAAACAUAAAAUGAUUUCACAUGAAAGUCACUUUAUUGAAGACUCGAGUCAGACAAGAAUUCCUCCAAUUUACUAUGUACCCAUCUCUUUUAUUUUUUUUCUUGCUCUUUUUUCUUUGUUUCAGGAAAGAGUCUGAUUUCUUUUUCCUUUCUUUCUUUCGUCUUUUGUCAAGUGGACUGUGUGUCUUGUAACAAAGAUAAGUGUUCUUAUUAAUUUUCUUUGAAUAUGGGGUGUGACAUGAGCGUGGAAAAAUGGUAGGGUUACUGUAAACAUUUGAAAGGGGUUUGAGAUUGGUUGUUCAGUCUCUCUCUCUCAUCAUUGUAUAAUUUUAGUUGCAAUAUUAUAAACAUAAACGCUUUACACGAGGAUU